AUGAAUCCGCAACCACCGGGAUCUUUCGAUGGUGCCAACGAACCAGCCCAAUCAAUCCAACCUCCCGCCGUGGAGCAAAGCAUUCCCGUGCAGGAGCCUCUGUCGCCGCAAGAGAAGCUGGAGGUCGAGGAGGAGCGUCAAGAGGCAGCGAGCUUGAACGAGGCGGCGCUUUCGAUUCCCGACUCGGAGGCCGAUGACGAUGCAGCUUCGACCUACGAACCGGCCAACGAAGCUGUGCCUGGAGACGCAGGCGUCGUCGUUGGCGGUGGCAACCCCGUAGACUGGCAGGGCGUGCUGGGCCACUCGGCCUCGGGUCUUGGGGCCGCAAAUGCAGCCACCUCUGCCUACUUCAACUUUGCGCGCACCGCCACCGCGUUCGGCCUCAAUGUGGCCAAGCGUGUCACACAGGGUCUCGUUGCCGUUCCCGCGCUCUUAGCGGACGGCGCCCUCACUGGCACAGCUCCCGGCGACACGUCAGGAACUCCCUCCAUCGCCCGGGUCGCCCAUUCGGGCAUCGCAAGCUUCUUCGACACUAUUUCCCUGGUCGCCGUCGGCGGCAUCGACCUCACGAGCGCAGUCACUAGUGCAGGCCUCGGUGCAGCCUCAUCGGGCGUCGAAGGCGUUCGCCGCUCGCUCGGCUCCGAGGUGCUGCGCAGCUUGCUCGAGUUCUCCAAGCUCGUCAAGCGCGAGUGGAGUGCCGAGGACGACUCGCUUCCGCCGGGAGGUAUCCCGGCCUACUCGAUCGUCGGCCUCAUCAAGGCGCUCACCACCUGGGUCUCGAUCCAGCUCGUCACGCGCAAGUUCCAGGAGUCCCGCAUCCUGCAAGGCCUCGACGAGAUCGAUACCGACAAACUCAAGAGCGACGUCGAGGCGCUCAAACAGACCCACCAUGUCAAUGUCACCGCAGCACCGCUCGUUCCCAUCACGGCAGGCGGUCAAGCGGAACAGACUGCAGACGCCGCCCAGUCAGGACAGUCAGAUGUUAGGAUCACGUCGAAUCAGACCCUCUCCGGCGAUGCUGGUAGCGUCAUCGGUGCCGAGAUCGGCCACAGGGAUGGAUCGAGUGCGAGGCUGCCGGGCUCUACGCUGUCCGACGAGCCCGCUAGGCCGCUGUCGGAUGCAGAGGCCAUACACAACUUGCAGCGCUACUCGAAGCUCGUCCUGGGCGUGUACGGUGGCAUGGCGCUCUACUGGCUCAACUCGAUGCCUCAGGGUAGCCAGACCACCAGCACCCAAAUUGCUGCUCCGGCCUCUGGUGCCAACGGCAUCAUCUUUUCAGCCGAAGACGAGUUCAUGCGCAAAGAUCAGGCCGAGUUCCUCGAAGCUGCCGCGCAGAUGGAGCUUUCGGAUGACGAGGACGAUGAGGAUGCUGCAACGCCGCCGCAGGCAGCUGCCGCAGCCACCAACGGCCAUGCCUCGUCGUACAACCUCUGGGAUGUGAUCUCGGGCACACACGAUGAAGACCUCUUCCACCACACUGCGAAUCUCGAGCGGGGUGCUGCGGCGCAUGGCCAAUACGACGAAGACCACGCCUCUGCGUCUCAACGCCCUCCGCACAACCCGAACCAAAAGGCGCGUCCGAGCAAGCCGCGCUUCUACGUGGUGACGGACCACCCGCGCAAGACGAUCAUCCUGGUGCUGCGAGGUACGCUGUCGGUGGGCGAUGUGGCAGCCGACCUGACGUGCGAGUCGGUUGCGUUCCGCUUCGAUGCCAAUGUGCAAGCGAGCAUGGACAAGGCGGUGGUCGCGGCGGGAACAGAGGCAACGGGGCGUAGCGGGAUUUUCGUCGAUGAUUCUGUGCAGGAUCUGUGCCACGAGGGCAUGUACAUUACGGCGCAGGAGAUCGGUGCGCCCGGACGCGCGGUGCAUCGCUCGGUGGGUGCGGCGCUGGCAGCUAAUCCGGGCUACUCGAUCGACAUUACGGGUCACUCGCUCGGGGCGGGUGUGGCGUCCGUGCUUGCCAUGAUGUGGGCCGAUCCGACGACGGGGCUGACCACGGCUUCGUCCCGCCUACCUGCGGGGCGUCGACUGCACGCGUACUGCUUUGCCGUGCCAUGCGUGACAAGUGCAGCCCUGGGAAAGAAGGUGAGCUCGAUCAUCACCUCGUUUACCUACUCGUACGAUCUCGUGUGCCGCCUGUCGCUGGGUUCGAUCCAGGAUAUCCGCAACGGAAGCGCGUGGCUGUGCUACCAGGACAAGAUGGCCGCACACGGCGAUGGGACGAUGAAUGCGCUCAUGAAGCGCGCCUUCGAGUACCAGUCCGGCCGCAUGCAGGAGGCGGCGAGCAAGGAGACGGAACACGAAAUGCUCGUGCUCAGGAAGACGCUCGAGGCGAAUAUGCACAAUACCCACCUCUUCCCUCCCGGCAAGGUGCUGUAUGCCCUCACGAGUGGCGAUGAUCUUCUCGCCGAAGAGGGCGAGACCCACAAGAAGCAGCGCCUGUUUAGGGUGAAGGAUGAUAAGGAGGCGCUCAAGAAGGUGUUUGGCCAAAUCAUCUUUUCGAGAAACAUGCUCUCGUGCCACAUGCCCAAUGUCUACGAUGCCCGUCUCCACGACCUCACCCGCUAG